GUGUGUCGCGAGGAAGCACUUCCUGUUGAACUUUGGUUGGAGCUGUCCCACUAUGGCUGCAGAAGAGCUGGAGAAAAUAAACGUCAUUACAAACUUGUCAAACCAAGCCCUACAGGAGUAUGAAGGCCUGCAGAGGAAGCACGAGACAGCAGCCAUGGAGUGCAAAAGGCUGGAGGAGGAGAGAGAUGAGGCCAUCAAAAAGCUCAGUGAGUUCCAGCAAGUUUCUCAGAUGGUCAUUGAGGAGGUCAAUGCUAUUCAGGAGAACCUGGAGAUCGAGAGGACAUGUAGAGAAAAUGCUGAAGUCCUGGCCUCCAAGUUGAACCAUGAGAACCGCUCUCUGAAGAGGAAGAGCAUGAUGUUGCUGUCCCACCUCAGCCCAGAGACCAUCACUGAGAUCAACCUUGACGAUGAAGAGGAGGAGAGUGAAGAGCUACAUGUAGCCACCAACGUCUGUGUCUCUCCCCAGUGCCAGACCAUCAUCUCAGAGCUACAAAAUAAGUUGGAACAACAUCAAGUGGUCAUUGACGCAGUAAAACAACAGCUGAGGGACACCAGGGAAGAACUGCUGAGAGAGAAACACGAUAACACUGUUUUAAUUGCUGAGACAGUGCAGCAAAAGAAGCUCCUGGGGAAAUAUAACAGAGUGUCUCAGUUUGCUGUGGAGGAAUAUGAGGCCUUACAGGACACCUUGGACCUGGAGAGGGACCUGAGGGCAGAGGCAGAGAGCUUUGCCAGAGUGAUGAUGGCUGAGCAGGCGAAGCUGAAGAGACAGAGUCAGAUCCUGAUGCAGAGCUCCUCGCCCAGUCAAGCUCUACAGGAAGCCCUGAGCCAGGUCAACACACUGACCCAGGAUCUGGAGACACAGAGGCUGCAGCACCAGGACCAGAUAAAGCAGCUGGAGGACAGGCUGAGGAGCUGUGAGGCUCAAAGGGAGCUGAAUGCAUUAAGGCAUAAACUGGAGCUAGUAGAGGAAGAGAAGACUGAGUACAGUGACAAAUGUUCCAAGGCUGAAGUGGAGGUCAAGGAUCUGCGGUUUACAGUGGAGGAGCUCCAGAAGAAGCUGCAGGCAGCGACCAACCCUCCAGUAGCUCCAGCACCUCCACCUCCUCCACCUCCUCCACCUCCUCCAGCCCCAGCUCCAGCCUCCAACCCACUCAGCUCACUAUUAUCAUUGAUCCGCAAGAGAAGAGACAACAGUACUGACAUCCCACUGGUGGUCCAGGACUCAGCCAAGACACCAGAAGUGGACAUCAAGCAGCAGGCAGUGGAGGAAAUGAUGCAUAGGAUCAAGAAAGGUGUUCAACUUCGACCUGUCGGCCAGUCACCUAAUAGAACCAGGAGAAAGAUGGAGAGGCUGCCCUCUAAUUCUGCCAUUCAGGAACUUAAAGGAAUCAUGGGGAAUCUCAGUAGAGCCUCCCCCCAACCAAAGACAGUGUCUCCGUCAGCUAAGCGCGAUGAGCAGCUGCAGAGGAUCCUGCUGAGACGGAGGGACGCACUGGAGUCCUAACGCAGCGCCAGUCUCCAUCCCAUCCUCUCCCCUGCCGUGUGAAGGUCGGCCCCGACAUGAUCUCUAUCCACCACAUUCACCCAUAUAGACCGGGUUUGGGGGACAGAAGAUUAUAGCGCACAAAAUCAACGUGUUUCAUUCUACUGUGUGGAUACACAAUGCGUUAUAAAUUAAUCAUUUCAGACUGAAUUAUGCUGACUCAGUAAAACAAUUAGACGGGUCAAGAAAAAGAAAGGAAUGCAAAUGAGAGUAGUCAUCCCAGUUCUGAAUCAGGACAGAGGUUAUGUGGCAGGUCAGACUCAGUGUCAGUGAUUUACACUGAGGCCAUUUGUUUUCAGUGAAAUAAAAGAAGUUUAUUCACCCAUUCAGCUGUUUUCUUAUAUUGAAGGUGAAGCCCAAUUUAUU